CAUACCCCCGCCGAACCGCCUCAUCGUCACAACCAGAAUGAGAGCCAGCAAUCUGUACCUCUUCAGCCUGCCACGGUCUGGUUGACAGCCUCUGGUUGCUGAGGGGUUAAACGUCGUGUGAUUGUAGGAAGUGGGUGGUAUUGGAGCCGAGGAUGGAGCGAUGUAUGUGUGGCAAACUGAGAUCCCUUUGAACCGAAGACGCGGCGGUACAUCGGAGGAAAGCAACCCGGACUGAACGCACCGCUCAGCGGAUGACAAGAAAAUCCGCGUCCCGGGGAAGUAAAACGAGAACCGAUCGUCCUGUUUCCACCGCUGCUGUUUGAAUCCUGCCGUAUGGACGCUGCACACUGGCUGCAGAUUGUGUUUGACCGUGCCGUUGUUAGUGCUUAGGUGCUCUAACAUUGUGUGGAUGUGUCAUACUAUCAAGGCUCCUGGUUAAAUGUGCGACAAGCGUGAACUCUAAAUAAAUGCAACGAGCAAAUAGACGAAUCUGGACGUGGUUCGACGCUUUAAGAGGACUUCGGGUGUCAGGUGUUUUGUAGGUGAGAGGAUCACUGAGAUACAAGAUCCCCCCCCCCAUUGCUGACAGAUGACAGAAGCAGAAUUCAAUGUCCAACAAACAGAUGCUAAAGAAUUGUUUUUGUCUUGGAUCGUUGCCUGGAAGUGAGGACCUCUGCAAACUUGUUUGUUCUAUCUAAUCUGUGGUGUGAUAACCUUCGGUCUGACCGUCUGGGUUCCUGGCAGAGACUCGUCUCUAUCACUCAGCUGGACUUCAGUUCAUCCCUCUGAUCCCUCCAUGCAGCCUCCCCACCAAAGAGCAGCCCUGACAGUGGUUCUUGUCUGACAGCAUGGAUUGUCUGCUGGGGUGGAACACAGGGGCCACACUGUAUCAUGAACCUUGUUCAUAGGUGGUUGUCUUUUUGACUGUAAACCAACCCCUCGUCUAUGUUUAGAGUUUCUAUUUAUAACAACAAACAUGACGUUACAGCUUUAGUAUAUUUUGUUUUCACCCGAAAAUUGGUGUGGGCCCUCAGCGAAGUGUGCAGCUGUGAUGGUAUAUCGUGAACCGUGCUGGUCGGCUGGAAGCAACGCGAGACUUGGAACUCUAUAUUAAAGUCCGAUAUUAAGAACUCAAAACAAGGAGACCCGCCACAGGUGUAACCCGGGCACGCGCCAUGGAUGAUUCUGGUAUCAUCAGAAGACGAAGAUUGCAGAAGGAUUUACCUCUGCCCCGAAAAAGUAGCAGUUGCAGAACCAGUAACCGGAAGAGCCUCAUCCUGACCAGUACUUCCCCCACCCUGCCGAGGCCGCACUCUCCAUUACCCGGACACAUAGGAAGCAGUCCACUGGACAGCCCUCGCAACUUCUCACCAAGCGGACCUGCCCACUUCUCGUUUGCCUCAUCUCGAAGGGCUGAUGGGCGUAGAUGGUCUUUGGCAUCUCUGCCUUCCUCAGGAUAUGGCACCAAUACACCCAGCUCAACGUCGUCCAGUUCCUCUCAGGAGCGUCUGCACCAGCUGCCCUUUCAACCAACCAUGGAUGAGUUGCACUUCCUGUCCAAGCACUUUGGCAGCACAGAGAGCAUCACAGACGAUGACGGGGGGCGGCGUUCGCCACACGUGCGACCUCGCUCCAGAAGCCUCAGCCCAGGGCGCUCUCCAUCCUGCUAUGACAAUGAAAUUGUGAUGAUGAACCAUGUCUACAAGGAACGCUUCCCCAAGGCCACAGCUCAGAUGGAGGAGAGGUUGGCAGAGUUCGUCCAGAACUACUCUCCAGAGAACGUGCUGCCGCUGGCCGACGGGGUCCUCAGUUUCAUCCACCACCAGGUCGCUGAGAUGUCCAGAGACUGCCUGACCAAAUCACACGAGGGGCUGAUUACAAGCGUUUACUUCCGAGAGCUGCAGGAGAAUCUGGAGAAGCUGUUGCACGAUGCGUAUGAGCGCUCAGAGAGUUCAGAGCUCACCUUUGUCACUGAGCUUGUCAAAAAGCUCUUCAUCAUCAUAUCUCGUCCUGCCAGGCUGCUGGAGUGUUUGGAGUUCAAUCCAGAAGAGUUUUACCAUCUGCUGGAGGCUGCAGAGGAUCACGCCAAAGAGGGGCAACUAAUGAAAGCUGACAUCCCCAGAUAUAUCAUCAGUCAACUGGGACUGACCCGAGAUCCUUUAGAAGAAAUUGUGAGUCUUGACAGCUAUGACAGUGAGGGUCCACACACUCCAGAGACGGAUGACUCAGCAGAGGGAAAAGGCAAAUCCAUCAAGCCACCCUGUGAGGAAGACUUUCAGACCAUCAAACUGAUAAGCAAUGGAGCUUAUGGUGCCGUCUACCUGGUGCGGCACAGGGAGACACGUCAGCGAUUUGCCAUGAAGAAGAUCAACAAGCAGAAUCUGAUACUAAGGAACCAGAUCCAGCAAGCAUUUGUGGAGAGGGACAUCCUCACCUUCGCAGAGAACCCCUUCGUUGUGUCCAUGUUCUGUUCCUUCGAAACGCGCCGCCAUCUCUGCAUGGUCAUGGAGUACGUGGAAGGAGGUGACUGUGCCACUUUGCUGAAGAACAUCGGCGCUCUGCCUGUAGAGCUAGCGAGGAUGUACUUUGCUGAAACCGUUUUGGCCUUGGAGUAUCUGCAUAAUUAUGGUAUUGUUCACAGAGACCUGAAACCUGACAAUUUAUUGAUCACUUCCAUGGGUCACAUAAAGCUGACAGACUUUGGUUUGUCAAAGAUGGGUCUAAUGAGCCUCACCACCAACCUGUAUGAAGGACACAUCGAGAAAGACGCUCGGGAAUUCCUUGACAAACAGGUCUGUGGGACUCCUGAGUACAUCGCUCCUGAGGUGAUUCUCCGUCAAGGUUAUGGGAAACCUGUGGAUUGGUGGGCCAUGGGCAUCAUCCUCUACGAGUUCUUGGUGGGAUGUGUGCCUUUCUUUGGAGACACUCCUGAAGAGCUGUUUGGACAGGUCAUCACUGAUGACAUAGUUUGGCCAGAUGGUGACGACGCUUUGCCUGCAGACGCUCAGGCCCUGAUCUCUGCUCUGUUACAGACUAACCCUCUUUUAAGGCUGGGCACAGGUGGAGCAUUUGAGGUGAAGCAGCACGCUUUUUUCUCUGCGCUGGACUGGAACAGUUUGUUGAGACAGAAAGCAGAAUUUGUCCCCCACCUGGAGUCUGAGGAAGACACCAGCUACUUUGAUACCCGUUCAGAUCGUUACCACCACAUCAACACGUACGAUGAGGAUGACACCAAUGACGAUGAGCCUGUGGAGAUCAGACAGUUCUCCUCUUGUUCUCCUCGCUUCAGUAAGGUGUACAGCAGCAUGGAGCAUCUUUCCCAGCUGGAGCAGAAAGCUACAACCUCUGUGUCCCGUCGAGAACACAGGAGCCCACGAGAGGACAAGGUGGCAAAAAGAGAGAGCCUGGGCAGCUUCGGCAUGAGGGAGAAGAGCUGGAGGACUGGAUCUCCUGAGAUGAAGCGGCUGUCUUGUUCUGAGUCUCUGUACAUGGAAGGAGACGCGAGCCCUCCUCUUGGCGCCCGCCGACGCUUCUCAGCUUUGAUGGACACCCAUCGCUUUGCCUCACCCUUCGAAGGAGAGUCCGAUUCCCUGACCCGUCAGAAUCUCAUGAAGUUCCGAGGAACGUCGCUGGAUGGCACCACUGUCCCUUCGCCAAGCCUCCUGGAACACAGGCCCAUUGUGAGGGAUAUAAAUGGAGCAGACAAAUCAUCUAGACUUGGAGAGAGCGCCAGCGUAAGCUCAGCCAUCAUGACAUUAUCCCCCGGCCCUGCCGCACCCAGCCGGGAUGUGAUCACUCCUCUGUAUGACCCUCUGGGGCCCAGAGCCGCAAAUGACCUGGUCCUCCGCCGGGCACGCCACCACCAUUUAUCUGGCGAUGGAGAGAAACGGAACUCCAGACAAGCAAACAAGGUUAUCAAGUCAGCGUCUGCCACAGCUCUGUCUGUUAUCAUCCCAUCAGUGGAGCAACACGGUGGCUUCUCUCCGCUGGCCAGCCCCAUGUCGCCUCACUCUUUCUCCUCCAACCCCUCGUCACGUGACUCCUCACCCAGCAGAGACUUCUUUCCUGCAGUCAGUGUUCUGCGCUCCCCGAUCACAAUCCAUCGCUCUGGAAAGAAAUACGGCUUUACCCUAAGGGCUAUCAGGGUCUACAUUGGAGACAGUGACAUCUACAGUGUCCAUCACAUGGUUUGGCAUGUUGAAGAUGGAGGCCCCGCUCAGGAAGCCGGUCUUUGUGCAGGUGACCUAAUAACUCAUGUCAAUGGUGAGCCGGUCCACGGUUUGGUCCACACCGAAGUGGUAGAGCUCAUCCUCAAGAGUGGGAACAAGGUGACUGUGACAACCACGCCUUUUGAGAACACCUCCAUUAAAGUGGGCCCUGCCCGCAAAGCCAGCUACAAGUGUAAGAUGGCUCGACGAAACAAGAGGACAGCUGGGAAGGAAAGCCAGGACAGCAAGAAGCGCAACUCCUUGUUCCGUAAGAUCACAAAGCAGUCCAAUCUCCUCCACACCAGCCGCAGCCUGUCCUCUCUGAAUCGCUCGUUAUCCUCCAGUGAAAGUCUUCCUGGCUCCCCAACUCACAGCCUCUCUGCCCGGUCCCCAACUCAGGUCCACCGCUCAACCCCGGAGCCCUCCUACCUCGGUGCUUCCUCCCAGAGCAGCUCUCCUGCCUCCAGCACUCCGAACUCACCCUCUCCCUCUCAGCACAUGCGGCCCAGCUCCUUGCACGGCCUGUCCCCAAAACUUCACCGCCAGUAUCGCUCUGCCCGUUGCAAGUCUGCUGGAAACAUCCCGCUGUCCCCUCUGGCACACACACCCUCCCCGACUCAGUCUUCCCCUCCUGCGAUGCCAGGCCACACAAUAGGGAGUUCCAACACAACACAGUCGUUUCCUGCAAAGCUCCACUCCUCGCCGCCGGUGGUCCGGCCCAGGCCAAAGAGCGCCGAGCCCCCGCGCUCACCUCUUCUCAAGCGGGUGCAAUCAGCAGAGAAGCUCGGCUCGCCUCUGACCCAGUCCAGUUCGACCGGAGGGCUUGGAGGUCCGUUGAGGAAGCACAGCCUGGAGGUGCAGCACUCUGAGUAUCGCAAAGAUGCCUUCCUCUGUGAGCUGGGGCUCCAGAGCCUGCUGGAGACGGAAGGAGAAAAUCUGCCUCCUAAUGCGCCUCCACUGCCCGUGUCCUCCACCACCCCAGAGACUGGUGUGCUGAAGCCUGUGAGGAGACUCGGGAGACAGGAGUCGCCGCUCAGCAGGGAGACUCUGCUGGCCGGAAGGGAGAGGGAAGAGAGAGAGCGAGAAAGAGGAAGGGACAGGGAGAAAGACAGAGAGGUAAACCAAGCAGGUCUGCCAGCGUCACAGACAUCUUUGGCAAGGAAAUCUCAUGCAAGCGAUUUUAACAUGAACGCCAAACAAAGUGAAGAAACCAGUAGACUCGUAACCCCUGCCUCUCCUAUUAAAACUGCAAGCACACCCCCAACGCAGGUAGAAGCUAGAAACAGCAAAGAUCUCCAGCUCAAGCAACAAGGAGGAAAACCAGAGCCAAAGCAAGAUGGGGAGAACAAAAAUCAGUCCUGUCUGCCAACUGCUGCCUUCAACAAGAGCUCAUCUACUCCGGAUAAAUCCGGCGGAAUCAACACAGUCGUGACAGGAGCCUCUUUGAGCAUAAAUAAGACUUUUAAAUCAUCAGGAAUGGGGAACGGUCAACGGAAGUCUGACGGCAACAAUUCAAGAACUGCUGAGCUCGGCUCCAAAAGCCCCAAACUGGCAGCUCGGGUCCUGGCUCCCGUGGUUCCCUCGCACGGGCAGCCGCUCUCUCUGGGCAAAGUGCGGCAGGGCUUGGGCCCUGUUAAUUGUUACAGGGGAACUCUCGACUGGGAGGACAAAUGUCGCCUGGAGGUGGUGGAGGAGCAUUCCCCCUCUCCCUCCCCCUCCCCAACAGCUGUCACCCCCUCCCUCUGUGGACCUUCGUUGUGUAAGUCGCGGCCCGUCUCCCCCGGAGAUAAGACGAGCUUUGUCAGCCAGCUCACCACCGUGGCCAAAAACGUCCUCGGACCAAUCAAGCUAGGCUCUACAGAGGGGUCUAGGAAUAAAGAGCAGCAGAGCAAGGCGUCCGAGGAGAAGCUGGGACCUGCCGCCGGGAGGUCCGACACUCCUGCAGGAGCGCGAACGCUUCUGGGCGCUGCGGUGGUGACUCAAAGUCCUGGCAGUUCUCUGCUUGAAAAGUCAGCACCACCUGGGAACCUGCCAAAAAUGUGACCCCCUGGAUCAUUACAUCAGACUUUAGUAGAAAAUAGUAAAAAUAAUAAUGUCUUUUUGUUUUGGAGGGACAAAAAAAAAAAAAAAAA